CAUGUUGCAUUUACGGGGUAUCUGGACAGAGAAUUCUUACAACUUCAUUCUCAUUCUAUUGCUCAGAGUUAUCUGAUACUGAUCUUCAUCUUAAGACUGUGUCACACAUCAUCUAUCCCCAAGGUCCCCAAUGAGAAAUGUAAGUGUCAAUCAAUGUACUCAACAGGUAACCAAGGACCUUGGGAUCCAAGUACCUGGGUGGUCGAGUGAUGUACUAUGUAGGUAUAAAGCAGCAGAAAAACCAACCACUUUCCCAGACCUGCUCGAUGUCCUCAUCAUCGGCGCCGGGCCCUGCGGCCUGGCCGUCGCAGCACGCCUCAACGAAGAAACACCCUCAGCCAUGUUCACAGACGAAGAACACCAGCGCUACCACUGGAUUAGCAAACACAGCGGCCGAAUGGCCCUCGUCCAAGCCCGCCACCACAAACUCAACAGCGUGAAAGCAGACAAAUGGCAACCGAAUGCCGGCGACAACGCCCGCACACGCAGCGUCUCUUCUAUAUCGACAGAAUCAACACCGUCGUUGGCAUCAUCGGCGGGUUCCUCGGAUGAAUCGGAUGACUCGAUAGAUAGCCCAGCUUCGCUGUCUACCCUUGUCUUGGACGGAACGGGAGAUAGGUUUCUGGAGCGGUGGAAUCGGGCUUUCAAGACGUUGGAGAUUGCACAGUUGCGUAGUCCGAUGUUCUUUCAUCCUGAUCCUGGGGAUCGGGAUGGGAUGCUUGCGUAUACUCAGGAGACUGGGCGGGAGAAGGAUUUAUGGGAGAUACCGAAUUGUGUAGGGAAGGAGAUGAGCAAGCAUAAGAAGAAGAAGAAGCAGAGGUCGAAGCAAACAAUAGGGCAGGAAAUCGAUGAACGAGACCGAAAAGAUUACUUCUCUCCCUCUACCGACCUCUUUGCUGAUUACUGUGCUUCUAUUAUAUCCCGAUAUAAACUCGACCGUCCAGGCAAGGUUCUCCAACGGGAAGUCACAGACAUCGUAUACGAUUACCAUCCAGACCUCUCCCCAUCAGAGAAGAUAUUCACCGUGACCGCGUCCGAUGGGAGCCGAUUCUACAGCCGGACGACAGUAUUAGCCAUCGGACCAGGGACGACGAAGAUCCUUCCAUUCCCACUGUCUGAAGAGGAGAAGAAUGGUGGCUGUCACAGCUCGGAGAUCCGGUCAUUUCCGAGCAUGAAUGUCAAGAGGAAGAUUCAACAGCGACAAGAGACGAAUGUGAUGGUGGUUGGGGGUGGACUGUCAUCUGCGCAGAUUGUGGAUAUGGCCAUCCGGAAGGGUGUAAGCAAGGUGUGGUUUUUGAUGAGAUCUGAUUUCAAGGUGAAACAUUUCGAUAUCGACCUGACCUGGAUGGGCAAAUUCAAAAACUACGAAAAAGCAGUCUUUUGGUCAGCAGACACUGACGAAGAACGCCUGGAAAUGAUCAAAACAGCCAGAAAUGGCGGCAGCAUCACCCCACGCUACCAGAAAAUUGUCAAGCAUCAUGCCGCCCGUCACCGGGCCUCCAUCCACACCCGCACAGUCAUCGUGGAUAGAAAAUACUGCCCAGCCUCCCAAACCUGGCGUCUCACCACCGACCCCCCAAUCCCUGAUUUACCUCCGAUGGACUAUAUUUACUUCGCCACAGGGAUUCAGGCAGAUGUAAACGAGCUCCCGCUCUUGCAAAGCAUGAACCGGGACUAUCCCAUCGAGACCAAAGGGGGUCUCCCCUGUGUGACAGACGAUCUCAUGUGGCGACCCGGGCUGCCUCUUUUCGUAACAGGAAGGCUCGGGGCAUUGAGGCUUGGACCUGGAGCACCCAAUCUAGAGGGAGCGAGGACGGGAGCCGAGAGGAUUGCUUGGGGGAUGGACGAGGUGUUGGGGAGAAAGGAAGUGGAGGAGGAUGACGGAAUGGAAUUUUCCAAAGAGUGUUUUUGUGGGUUUGGGAAUCGAUAUGCCGGAUUGGAUGUGAGUUUGUAGCGCAUUGAUGCUUUGAAACAAGUGCCAUGACUCUAUACUACCUACCCAAGUAGGUAAGGUAGCUAGCUAUGAUUAAUGCCAACUCGAUUAGAGUAUUCCACCCCGUCUCUUGCCUAGAAAUACGGGAUAGUGUUGGGCCCAAUGACGGGUGAAUAUGACUGAGCAUUAUCCUUCAGUAAAUUAGCAUCAAUAAUCGAGACAGCCAAGUCAAGCCACAGAAGAGGUUCGUGGAAAUCGAGAUAAGUGGUAUACUUUGUAUGUU